AUGCUUUUAAACACUUGCGUUUGCUUUGCUAAAACAUUUUUAACCUGCGAUAAAAAAAAUGUGCGAAUAAAAUUUAAACAUAGGAUAAUUUAAAAUUUAACGCUAAAAGUAGUGAGGUAAAUUAAAUUAGAUAUAAAAUAAAAAGAAUUUCACAGAAACCAAACAAACUCUAUUUUUGAAUCACCCCUGCGGUAACAAAAAUAGAGUUUUGGUUUUAUGGAAAAUUUUAAUUAAAAUUGGGAUGGGGUGGGGAUUUAAAUUAUCUUAAUUUUUUUAUUCAAUUUCAGAAUUACUCACUUCUAUCUUUUGCUUUAUUUAGCAUUAAAUCAUUAAAUCGAUCUAUAUUUAAAAGCAAGUUGCUUUAAUUUGUGUUUUGGGAAUAAAAAAAAAUUGUUUAUAAGCUGA